UCUGGUGAAAUCUUGUCGCACUUUACGGGAUAUAAAGAGACAGUUGUCAUUUUUUGAUUUAGCAUUCGAACGGACAAUGGCAUCACGGGUGACAGUAAGGAUGGUUGAUGGCGAAGAACGCGUGCACAUCAGUUUGAGGUACGGUCUGGACGGCAAAAAAGAACGGAUAUUUAACGUGGAUCGGUUGCAAAAUGAAGAACUUGGGAAAUGUCUGACAAGAUUGCAAGCCAAUGUAACAAAUAAACUGUCCAAGUCCAGGAGGAAAAAGAAGAAGAAAGUCACUGAGCAUGAUACAGGUGCUGCUGCAGAAGAACAGGAAACUGAUGAGCAUUUAGUUGAACUGGGCUUGUUCAGAAAUAAUGUCCGGAUAGAAGAAACAGUGUUAAAUAAAGACGCGUGGAGAGAAGGGAGUGUUCUCCAAAUAGCCUUUGAAAAAUUACCAAUAAUCUUUAACCCACCAAAAGUCAAGUCUAUGAAAUUACAAGAGUGUUUCAUGGCAGGAUUUCCAAUUUUUCCGCGGCUGCAGUUGGAGUUUGUCGACUUGGAAUCGUGUGAAAUGUGUUGGUAUGUGGGAAAGGUGAAUCAAGAGAAAAGUACAAAAAAUGGAAAUUCCAAGAAAUCUUGUACUGAGAAUGCCGUAGAAGCGAGUGAUACAGAAGUCCAAAAAUGUAAUGGUGAUGUAGGGAAUUCACAGAAAAAGAAUAAACAGUCAGGGACUAAAGAUAUAGUGAAAACGGUGAAGGAGUGGAUUAUGGUUAGUACGGAGCGAGUUUUCACUCCACUGAACGCACAUAUUAAUCAUCGUCUAAAACUGACAUGUACUCCCAGAAACUCUACAAUGACGGGGGAUGAAGUGAGUAUAGAACCAGAGAUGGAGAUUGAAGCUGGACCUGGAAAGUGUCCAUUUGAGAAAAGAUGUGAACAUACCAAAGAUCUUACUCCAUCAGGAAGUUUUCGUGUGGUAUCUUAUAAUAUCCUGGCCGAUCUCUACGCAGACUCUGACUUCUCCCGAAAUGUUCUCUACCCGUACUGCCCCCCAUAUGCUCUCCAUAUUGAUUACAGGAAACAACUUUUUGUCAAGGAACUCCAAUGCUACAACGCUGAUUUGAUAUGUCUUCAGGAAGUGGACAGAAAAGUUUUCAUAAAUGACAUCCGGCCAUUUUUUGAAAUGUUGGGGUUGGAGUCACUUCAUAGGUCAAAGGCCGGUGAGGUCAAUGAGGGCAUGGUGACCUGCUUCAGAAUGUCAAAGUUUAAAUUGUUAGGUCAGCAUGACAUCACUCUGACAGAAGAGCUGAAGAACAAUGCUGCAUUGACUGUUCUCUAUGAGAAAGUGUCUGCUAAUGAGAGUUUGACGGAGAAGGUUUUCUCACGCACAACCGUUCUUCAGGUAACUGUGCUGGAGUCUCUUGAUGUACCUGGUGAGGUGGUUUGUGUGGCUAACACACACCUGUUCUUCCACCCAAAAGCCAAUCAUGUUCGUCUGAUUCAGAUCAUCACCUGUAUGGAACACCUGAACAAGGUUAAAUCACAUUACACGCAACAGGGUAAGCAGGUGUCCCUUGUAUUCUGUGGAGAUUUUAACAGCGUCCCACCUGUUGGGGUCAAUGAGUACAUGACCACGGGUCAAAUCUCUGCUGACCAUACAGACUGGACAGUAGGGGGAGCUGAAGAAACAUUGGAUCUAGAGGAUGGUUUCCGGCAUCCUUUCGUCAUGGAGAGCGGAUGUGGCUACCCGGUGUACACAAACUUUGUCGGUGGGUUCUGUGGAACCCUGGACUAUGUUUACGUGGAUACAUCGGGACUUAAGGUGCAAAGCGUCGUGCCCAACCCUGAUGAAGAAGACGUCACAUUGCACACAGCUCUGCCCAGCAUCGUGUUCCCGUCAGAUCAUAUAGCACAAGUGUGCGAUGUAGAAUUUAGAAAGUAGAUCGUGUGUAUGAAUUUUAUUUUACAUAUAGUACGUCUUGGCUGAUGCUUAUAUUUACGGAUGCAUUUUUACAAACAUAUGUGCAUUUCCGGAUAAUGAUUCUGCUUGUAAAAUAUCCAGAUAUUCUUCGUGCAGAAAAAGGUAGAGGAAAAAAUAUGCAAUAAACUUUUUUCCAAACCGGUUAUAGUGGAGUGGGUAAUGCUUUUGUUCUCAAGGUACACAGAAUACUCCCUGGAUCCAGACUGAUUGUUGGACAUAACUGCGCAUGCGAAAUUGUUAUGUUUUGUUUGUGCACGUGUAUGUUGAUUGUCAACAGUGAUGCGGCGAUGGCCAUGAAUAAGGCAUGAUAAACCUGACCCAUUGCUAUGACACCCUGUGUUCACGCUCA